CUAUGGUUAUAAACCCAACCUCCCUGAACCUGACACCACCAUUUUAAAGAGGUUUACUGCGUAGACUUUCCCAAAGUCUCUAGGCUUUAACUCCUUCUGGGCUGUGUCUGUGGAGGAGGCGGCGACGGCGGCGGCGGGGAGAGAGGAAGAGAAGGAAGCGUCUCCAGCUGGAGCCAGUGCAGCCCCGGGGCUCACCGGGAGGAGCGCCCCUGCCCCGAUGAGCCCCCGCCGUGCGUCCCCGACUGUCCCCCGGCUGGAGUGGGGCACGCAGUCCAGCGCCGACGAUCGCCGCUGCUUUGCCCGUGGGGGUAGGAUGUGGUGAAAGGAUGGGUCUUCUUCUUUCCCGGGCUCACAAUGGCCAGAGAAGAUUCCGUGAAGUGCCUACGCUGCUUGCUCUACGCCCUCAAUCUGCUCUUUUGGCUAAUGUCCAUCAGUGUGUUGGCAGUUUCUGCUUGGAUGAGGGACUACCUAAAUAAUGUUCUGACUUUAACUGCAGAAACAAGGGUAGAGGAGGCUGUCAUCUUGACUUACUUUCCUGUGGUUCAUCCAGUCAUGAUUGCUGUUUGCUGUUUCCUUAUCAUUGUUGGAAUGUUAGGAUAUUGUGGAACGGUGAAAAGAAAUCUGUUGCUUCUUGCAUGGUACUUUGGGAGUUUACUUGUCAUUUUCUGUGUAGAACUGGCUUGUGGUGUUUGGACAUAUGAGCAGGAAAUUAUGGUUCCAGUACAGUGGUCAGACAUGGUCACUUUGAAAGCUAGAAUGACAAAUUAUGGCUUACCUAGAUACCGUUGGCUUACUCAUGCUUGGAAUUUUUUUCAGAGAGAGUUUAAGUGCUGUGGAGUGGUGUAUUUCACCGACUGGUUGGAAAUGACAGAGAUGGACUGGCCCCCGGAUUCCUGUUGUGUUAAGGAAUUCCCAGGAUGUUCCAAACAGGCCCACCAGGAAGAUCUCAGUGACCUUUAUCAGGAGGGAUGUGGGAAGAAAAUGUAUUCCUUUUUGCGAGGAACCAAACAACUGCAGGUGCUAAGGUUUCUGGGGAUCUCCAUUGGAGUGACACAAAUCCUGGCCAUGAUUCUCACCGUCACUCUUCUCUGGGCACUCUAUUAUGACAGAAGGGAGCCUGGGACAGACCGAAUGAUGUCCCUGAAGGACGACACGACCCAGCACCUGUCGUGUCACUCGGUAGAACUGCUGAAGCCAAGCCUGUCGAGGAUCUUUGAACACACGUCGGUGGCAAACAGUUUUAACACACACUUUGAGAUGGAGGAAUUAUAGAGAAUGUCAAAGAAGGAAAGUUAUUUUAUUGGACUUGUGAAUUUUUGAGCACAUACUUACCUGUUUCAGAAAUGUGCAAAAAUAAAAUGUUGCCAUGAAAGAACGCCUAAGCAUAUAAUUUUCUACCCUUUAAAAUGAACAGGGAAAAAUUGCAUAGUGUAAGUCCCCACCAGGACAGUAGUUGAUGCCCUUUGCAAUGCUGGGCACAGAUCUAAUACCUGUGUUAUAGCCUGUGUAAGAUUUUUAUGGACAGAGUUAGGCUUUGAGCUUCUGACAUAGUUUGACCAACUUUUCUGCACCCAUGUAAGUGAGCCACAGUGUGGUAUGAUUGGGGCUACAGUCAGGUUUGAUUUACUUCCCUAAGCUUGCUAGUGUAUAAACUACCAAUUAACUGCUAAUAUAGUAGACAGUACUAAUGACUUUUAUUACUUGGCGUUAUAUUCUUUUGAGAGUGGAUAGAUUAUACAUAAGAAAACUCUAAAUAUUGAUGACUACCUAAGUGAUUUUUUGCGGGUUACUAAAAUAUUCUUACUACUUACAAGAGCAAACUAACAUUGUCUUCAACUGAUCAGGGAUAUAUGUGUAUAUAAGAGUCUGUGUUAAGUCUGUAUGAUUUGGUAGAUUUAGUUUCUUACAAUGUUAAGAAUAACAAUUGUGAAAAGAAUAAAUUUGUCCUGUAUAGCCCCAUUAUUUUUAACCUUUCCAGGAAAUUUUUAAUAGAGCUUUAAAAUUCUGUCUGGGUUUAUAUUACAUACACAACUGUCAAUUUAAAUACUUAACCACUAAUUUUGAAAAAUUAUCAGUGUGAUACAAAGAAAUCAUUAUAAUUCAGAAGGUAGUGUGGUCUCUAUGAAGUAACAGGCAAGUUUAGACAUCAUUUAGUGCAUUCAGCCAUGGAGAUGGAUGCUAUCUUUCUCCCAAACUAACUCUUUUUGACAAUAAACACUUUUUAAAGGGGUU